UAAUCUCUGUUUUCAUACAAGUCUGAUGUUCCUCUCGGUGGGAAUUGACAUUUGUCACCUUAUGUAGUUUCUUCGAUAUAGAUAAGUACGAAAAGCUAUGAUAUUGAAAAUUAAUUUGAAUCUGACAAUACUGUCAACAUUAUUAGCUUUAUCAGCCGGAAUUUUGCUACAGAACGAGGAUUGUUCACAUUGCAUAGCCUCGCUUCAGGAACAAUUCAGUUUUUUACAACAGCGGUUGGAAACUCUGGAAAAGGAUGCUAACCAGCAGCCAAUAGCCUUUAACGCAGAAUUGUCAUUGGAUCUCGUUAACCCUGUCCAAGGUUCCAGCAUCUUAUUUGACGCCGUGCGAUUUAAUUCUGGUAACGCAUAUAAUAACAAAUCGGGCACGUUUUUCUGUCCGGUUUCUGGAGUUUACUAUUUUUCGUUGGAACUUUCCUCGAAUGGCCAUCGCAACAGCAGCCAUUCCCUGCAUGCAAAAAUUUUGAAAAAUGGAUCUCCGAUUUCCAUAACGGUUCUUGAUAGCAACAGUCAUCCAUCCUGGCUAAGAAGAACGUCUUCGGUGACGACGGAAUUAACGCAAGGUGACAUCAUUUCCGUUUUAAUUAACUAUGUCGUAGGAGACAUCACAAUUAGCGGUGGUUCUGCUCUCUCCACAUUUUCUGGUUUUCUUGUGCAAAGAAUAAAAUAAAUAUUAAUAUAAAACAUAUAUUACAUUGUUCAUUAUCAAAAUAAAGGACUACUAUAAUGUGGUCCGGGAGCGUACAUGUACAAUUAUGCAAAAUUAUACAUUUUAUCGUCAAUUAUUAUGUAGUAUAACUUAACGACUUUUCAACUUUAUACACUACCAUUCCCCACUAUAAAUUUUAGUUCAAGCCUUUUGAUAUCAU